AUGAUAGGGGAGAUCUGUGCUGCAGCGACUUUCAUCUCCAAAUUCCUCAGCACCAAGGGGCUCAGGAGCGAACAACAGCUUCAGACCUUCAGCCAGAGCCUGCAGGAAGUGCUGGCAGAACAUUAUAAACACCACUGGUUUCCAGAGAAGCCCUGCAAGGGAUCAGGUUACAGGUGUCUUCGCAUCAACCAUCAGAUGGAUCCUCUGAUUGGACAGGCAGCCCAGCAGAUUGGACUGAGCAGUCAAGAGUUGUUCAGGCUUCUCCCAAGUGAACUCACGCUCUGGGUUGACCCCUACGAAGUGUCCUACAGGAUUGGAGAGGAUGGCUCCAUCUGUGUACUGUAUGAAGCCUCGCCAGCAGGUAGUAGCUCUCAAAUCAGCACCAACGUGCAAAUGGUAGACGGCAGAAGCAGUUGCAAAGAGGAACCUCUCUUGGGCAGAACAAACACUUCUAAAAACAAUAUAAUGACAGUAUCAGGUUAA